UGUAACACUGAGGGAUAAAUAUAACGUCUCAGCUACGAGAAGCUCCGAUCAUCAUCAUUACCUGAUCAUCCAGAGAAGCAGCGACCGAGGAGGAGAAGACUGAGAAGACACUGGGCACCAGGUCCAGGGGGUCUCUUUCUCCGAUGUCUCGUCCCCGGCUGCCUCUCUUCUGCCUCGGGCUGUUUGUCCUGAAAUCUCUACAGGUCUUCUGCAUCAUUUACGACUUGGAAAUGUUUGAGGGUUCAUUUGAUGACCAAUACAUCGGAUGCACUGAGAAAAUGGAGUCUAUAGCUCCAGGAUUACUGAGGAAGGAAAGAAUGAAGACACGUGACCUUAAUGUUUCCUGGAAUAUUGCAUCUGAUUUAUGGAAAAAAGAAAAACAUUUGCUGGGACGUCUUCCUGACGGUUUUAAGGAUGAAUACGGGAUCGCAUUAAUAGUCUUCUCAGUUCAGAAUUUCUCUGUUAGCAAACUUCUGGAUAGGGAUAUACAAAUAUAUAGUAAAAAUCCCAAGACCUUCAGGUUCCAUUCACUGCAUUUCUAUAUUACCAGAGCUUUCAAUUUGCUUCAACCUGGGUGUGAUGGAAAACCACUGUACACACAGAGGAGUUUCCCAGAGCUUCUGUUUAAGCCGCCAUCUGACCCUCAGGCCCCAGUAAGACUGGGAUUAUAUAUUAAUACCUUAACUAACAUUGGAUUGGAAGAAAAUAGAAGCAUUACAUUAUCCUUUAUCACCUGCUUUGGGGCGAAAUUACUGAACUUCUCGUAUCUUCUACGGAAUGACAUAGUGAUUGUUCCAGGGAAUGAAGUGUUUCAGGUCACCGAUUAUAAUGAGGAGAAGAGAAAUACCACCCUGCAGAGCACUCAUAAAAAGUGCAGCUAUUACAACUGUGCCUACCUGGGGGGAACUAAGAAUCAAAACUGCACCUACUACCCUCCAUCAUCAUCAUCAUCAUCAGAGAGUAGACCUGCGGUCAGGUAUCUCCCACCAUUGGGGGUGUACCACACCAAGUAG